GCCGCCGGCACCGGCCGCGCGUUCCUGGCGCCGGAGGCACCGCGGAGAGGCCGCGAGCGCACCCGGAGCUGCACCGAAGAUGCCGGACCGGGACGGCUACACCAACGGGAGCGGCGGCGGCGGCGGCGGGGACGAGGUGGGUGCCAACGCCGACGACAUCUGCCGGGACUUCCUGCGGAACGUCUGCAAGCGCGGGAAGCGCUGCCGCUUCCGCCACCCCGACAUCAGCGAGGUCACCAACCUGGGCGUGAGGAAGAACGAGUUCAUCUUCUGCCACGACUUCCAGAACAAGGAGUGCGUGCGCCUCAACUGCCGCUUCAUCCACGGCACCAAGGAGGACGAGGACUGCUACAAGAAGACGGGGGAGCUGCCCCCGCGCCUGCGCCAGAAGGUGGCUGCGGGGCUGGGGCUGUCGCCCGCCGACCUGCCCAACAGCAAGGAGGAGGUGCCCAUCUGCAGGGACUUCCUGAAGGGCGACUGCCAGCGCGGGGCCAAGUGCAAGUUCCAGCACCUGCAGCGGGACUACGAGUACGAGGCGCGGGGGCGGGAGCAGGGGCUGGGCCCCGCCGGGCGCCGCUUCGAGCCCUUCGACGGGCUCCUCUACGACCCCGACCGCUACGACGAGCACGAGCCGGUGCUGAAGCGGCGGCGGGUGGAGGGGCUGUACGAGACCUACGAGUACAGCUUCGGCAGCCCCCGGGCCGUGGAGUACCGGCUGCUGGAGGAGGAGAACGUCCUGCUGCGCAAGCGCGUGGAGGACCUCAAGAAGCAGGUGAACAACCUGCUGGCCACCAACGAGGUGCUGCUGGAGCAGAACGCGCAGUUCCGCAACCAGGCCAAGGUGAUGACGCUGAGCUCCACGGCCACGGCCACCGAGCAGACUCUGGCGCCCACCGUGGGCACCGUCACCAACUAUAACCACAGCAUCGCGCAGACGCACACCACGCUCAGCAGCCAGGCCCUGCAGCCCCGGCCCGUCACCCAGCAGGAUUUGGUGGCCCCCGCCGGCGCCCAGGCCGCCCCCCCCGCCAACGCCGCGCCCCCCAUGAACCCCGAGAUCGCGCCGCUGUCGGCGGCCCUGGCGCAGACCAUCGCCCAGGGCAUGCCCCCCCCCGUGUCCAUGGCGCCCGUGGCCGUGUCGGUGGCGCCCGUGGCCGUGUCCAUGGCGCAGCCCCUCGGGGGCAUCACCAUGAGCCACGCCACCACCCCCAUGGUGACCUACCCCAUCGCCUCGCAGAGCAUGAGGAUAACGGCCAUGCCCCACUGACCCCCCGCCCCGUGGAACUGAGCCCGGGGGGCAGCAGGAGGACGGACACACGGACCCUGCGCAGCCUGUGGACGCUGGUGGCUCCCACGGGGGUGUGGGUGCGGGACCCCCCCCUUGGU